AAUGUCAAAAUUUGUUAACUUGGCUCGAUGAAAACAACAAUAAAAAAUAGUUUUUGUUUAGAAAAUGGAUAGCAUAGUCAAAGAAUUGGAUAUUCCAAGUAAAAAUAUAUUUCCCACAAACUUGCCUCAUGUUUUUACAGUAAUUGUCAAUAGUUCUUGGUUAAAAAAGUGGUUGAAAAACAAGGAAGUCGAUAAUACAGUGAACAAUGUAGAUUUUGCUUUACAACCUGGUGAAAGUGUUCCAUAUCCAUGGAGAAAAAUAUUUAUCAGAGUAAUUAACAAAAGAGUUUCUAAAGUCCUGCCUCUGCCGAGAUAUAAAUUAAACGAAGGAAAUGCCGAACCACCUCUUACUUUCUCCCAACUAUUGCAAUAUGUAUCUCAAAACAAUCAAAGAAAUCUAUGGAAAGAUUCAUACAGAAAGUACUGCCAGAACAACGAAACCUCCAAGGACAGUGCAAUAGUGAACCUUAUGGAGCAUGACCAGCUUGUAUCAGAGUGUAUAUUAAGAUUAUACGGCUGUAAUAUAAUUAGAAUUAAGUGUGAUGGCACUGGAAAGUUAGUGGAGUACAAAGAAAUCAUACCAAACAAAUAUGUAUCAAAAUGUUAUGAAACUCAUUCCAAUUUGCUAGCCGCUAUGUUCACACUAGAAACUGAUACCAACUACUUCAUAGUAUACCAGGGGCACUAUGAAAAUACCUUGCUAGACUGUCUCAAUUUCAGCCCUAAUCUGAUAGACAAGAACUACUCAAGGGGACUAUUCCUAAUCUACCAACUGCUUAAUGUUUCAAAAGCGAUGAGCGAUAGAGGCCUCAGUUUGGGCACCCUCACCUUGCAGCACAUUUACAUGUCAGAGAACCUGUGGAUUCAGAUCUUGCCUCCAAUCUACAAUAAUGUGCAUCCAUUAGACGCUUCACUUAUUUACGAGCAAACACGGAGUAAGCAGGGCACGCCAGCCGUAGCCGCUCAGAGUGUUCCACCCCGAAGGCCCGAUGAGUGGUGCGGGCGGGCAGAGGCCGUGGAGCUGGAAAAGCUGUGCAUGCUCUGGGUCCGCGGGAGGAUCUCCAACCUGGACUACUUGCUGCAUCUCAACAUGCUGGCCGGGAGGAGCAGCAGCGACCCUCAAGCACAUUUCAUUGUGCCGUGGGUGACUGAUUUCUCUUCUAGAUGUGGGCGUAACUGGCGUGACCUGACCAAGUCGAAGUACCGCCUGACGAAGGGCGACCGUCAGCUGGACCUCACGUAUGACGUGGCCGGCUGCCCGGACCAGAUCCCCCACCACGUGUCCGACGCGCUCUCGGAUAUUACGUGCUACGUGUACUUGGCGCGACGAACCCCGAAGGAGAUCCUAUGCAAGCACGUGCGCAACAAGUGGGUGCCGGCGGAGUACCCGGCGUCCAUCCAGCGGAUGCAGCAAUGGACGCCCGACGAGUGUGUGCCCGAGUUCUACACCGACCCGCUCGUGUUCAAGAGCAUCCACGAGGACCUGCCGGACCUGGGCAUCCCGUCGUGGGCGUCGUGCGUGGAGGACUUUAUCACGAAGCACCGCGAGGCGCUCGAGAGCGCGCACGUGUCGGAGACGCUGCACCACUGGAUCGACCUCAACUUUGGAUACAAGCUAUCAGGAAUACCGUCCAUAAAGGCCAAGAACGUCUGUCUAUCCCUGGUAGACGGUCACAGCUGCGUCAGUCGAGGCGCGACGGUGCAACUACUCACAGGCAUGCACCCCGCGCGCGCCGCCCGCCCACAGCUGCCGGCCCCGCCCAGGCUGCAUUGGACCGCUAGCAGCGAAUAUAAAAAAUCCAUCAAGCCGAUCGACAGCUCCGACGAAGUUUCAGACGAGGAGGAAGAGUCCACCAGCCUCCCGCAGCACAUCUCCCGCCUCAGCGUGCCCUCGCACCGCCUGAGAUCACGACGCAAGAGCGCCAGCCGCGCCAGGUCACUGUCCAAGAGCCAAGGACAGGAGGAACUAACCAGCAGCUCGGAACACAGGGCCUCCUCGCACACCAGGCACUAUCGGGUACAGAGAUCUGAACUAGGAAAAGGGAUUAUAUAUCUGCCGAAGGAGUUCAAUCCGGUUGCGUCGAUACAAGCUCUGGAAACCCUCGAUCAUUUUAGGAGUAAGUGCUUUUUUAAUAGCGCUGUCAACGCUGAAAAGGAGAAGGAAAGUUUGUCGGCGUUGAAUUUGUAUCCCAUGCAGCAGGCGGCGAAUAAAACUAGCCCGAAAGAUGAAGGCGAUAAGGAUGAUAACUCGUUCACGAAUCAUAUUUUUCUGGCUUCGUAUGAGCAGAAUUACUUGAAGAAAUUCAGUCAGGACGCACAUUUGGAGAAUGUUCUAAAAGAGAGAAAGAAUAGGUCGUUUAAUACGAGGUAUACUACUGACGCGGCUGUUUACAAGCAGUUUGUGACAGAGAGCAGAAGGCAGGAUAUGCUGGUCAUCGGCUGCCUCAUAGUGGAGAUAUUCCUGCAUACCUACAUGCGCCCUCUGCGAACAAAUAGCGAAAACUUUAUAGACAGAUACAACACUUGCCGCACGGUUUUGAAGUACAAUUUCAACUCUCUCCCGAAAUGCGUUAGUUACGUUGCGUCUCUGCUACUGAACGUUCAACCGCCGAGUCUAAGUUCCAAAUCUGAAUUAUCCGUCCAGAAUAGUCAAGAUGAGCCUUUCAAGAAGAUUGUAGUGACAGAUAAAGGGCUGCCUCCUCCCACUCCCUCGCAACUGUUGCAACCUCUGUUGAUGCAACACCUGAUACCGUUUCCUGCAACUUACGGCAUCCUAUACAACCUGCUUUCAACUUUGCAUGAGUACGAACUGACAAGCAAUGAGUUAAACAUCCUGUAUAUGUACGAGUGUGACGGCGUUCAGUGCGAAAAAUAUCAAAACGUUGACAAAACCAAACUCUACUUCAGCCAAAGGAUAGCGGAAGGGAAAAUACAGGCUUGCGUCACUCAUUUGGACGCGCUUCUCAAUAACAUAACCUCCUUUCACCAAUUCGAUGUUCUGGAUAUAUUCCUGAGUCACUAUGUGGAACUGCUAAGAAACAAAGACACGUCGGUACUAGCGGCUUGGUAUCUGUUCGACACGGUGAGCAAAGCUCUAGGGCCACUACAAAGCAAGAAGAAACUUCUUAAACACAUUCUCAGUCUUUACGAAGAUGAUGAGAUAUUUGAAGACCGAUCAGAACAUACAAACACGGACUAUAAGUCGUCCAACGUUUAUAAUGGGACCACGAACAAGCAAAAAUUCAUCAAACUGUACCACAAUCUCUUUCUUCUACAACUAAUGGUACGGUUUGGUCUCCAAUGCUUUCUGGAGAAUUUCACUCAACAUUUAGUGGAAGCUGUAGGUGGAUACAAAGAUAUAAAUAUGGACGUCAGUUCCCCAGGACAUGUCUGCCGUAAUCAGCUCACAGCUUGCAAGAAGCCACGAUACUCUGAUGACAACCUGAAAAGCGCUCUAUCAACCAAUGCUAACGAUUUAUUUUCACCCGACACCUCCUUUGGGUCUGAGCAGGCGACUCCCAACGCUGAAAAGCUAUCGAGUCCUCACACGAAAGAAAGAGACGGCGAUAAUAGAAGCGAGAAUGAGCUAUUCCAUUUCGAAACGGAUAAAGAUAGAUUGCCAAGCAGAAACAGUCGAAGCAAGUCGCCCGCAGAAUCUUUAGACUCAUAUACUUUGAAUGUUAACCAAUCAGAACCGACCAAUAAUACUCCGUCCCCAUCAUUCUCUCCACAUUCCACUAAAGAAUUUAUACCAGAAGGUGUUGUCAAAGACAUCAGUGUGACAGUAAACGACACAGGAGCGGCUGAAAAGGGUCCAAUGUCUCCAACAAUAAACAUUCCUAAGAAAACCUCAAUGUUCACCAGUUACUUGCAUUUCGCCGAUGAAGACAGCAAGUCAUCGGCCGACGACGUCGAAGUACGACAGGAGUCUCUCCCGAGGGAUGUUAAAUUAGAUUUCGGUCGCAGUCGUUUAAAACCGAGUGUUUCUAGAAGCUUCGACGAUGCGAACUCAAAGGAAACUCCAACCGAUCCUUAUAAAAUCUCUGAAGUUAGUUCGGAAAGUCUAUUGUGGCUGGCUAAUAGACUAGGGCCGGUGUUGACGUGUAGAUACAUCACAAGGAAUUUGUUGAAGAUGCUGACUCUGUGUUACAUCGGGAAGGUAAAUUUGGUGCCUUGUGAAGACGACGGUGAGAUGGACGAGUUUGACGCCAUUUCGAUAGCGAACAGCCGCGUCGUGGGAGACCGGAAUGCUAAACGAGUCAUCAAGUGCCUCACUUCUAUUGUUGCAAUGUACGGCGAAGAGCUAAUCCUGUUCCAGUACCUCCCACACACACGCGAGUUGAUCGCGUCGUGUCGCGCGCGCCUCUCCGCGCCGCUAGAGGGCGGGGUGGUGGCGUGCCUGCAGCUCCUCAAGUACCUGCUGCCGCACAUGCAGGACGCAAGGCUGAUGGAGCAGCUGCAGGACACAUUCCUCAAGUCCAUCCUGCACCCGUCGCUCCGCCUGCUCUCCUCAUUGGACGGUCGCUCGGCGCACGGCCCCCGGGCUCGCGCCGCCCUUGCACGCAAACUGAUCGACGCUACCUACGCUCUAGCCACUAGGAUCGGACCCGAGAUGACGAGGAGGCAUCUGUGUGUGCCUGCGCUACAGAGAUUCUUCCUAAUAUUCGACAAAGCCUGCGGAAAAACGGAAAAUUGGCCGAAGCAAGACACUGAAAAUAGCGCAGAAUCAAAGCCAACACCAGAAGACGACCCCAAACUCGAAGGUUUCCUGGAGAUCUGCCGCGACGGGUCGACGGCGGAGUGGUCGGUGCGCGACGGCCGCGUGGUCCGCCGCGACGCGUCGCCCGACCUGGCCGUGUCGCCGCCCGAGAGGCCCGACGCUCUGGGGGCCACUGCGCAAGAAGAGUUGCUAGCGGUAUUCAACGAGGAGCUAGCCCACCAGUCCUACACCAGUUUCUGUAAGCUGGUGGGUGCUGAUGCCAUGGAUCGGAGUCUCAAGAACCUAGAUACGGUGCAAGCGCUAUGCCAGAAGUAUGAGAGGAGUCAUGCAACUAGUCCACCAAUGAACAUAAAGCUGCAAGCGUCCUUCAGCGACGAACCAAUCAGCAGGACGAUCGACAUCGCGCGCCCCGUCGACACGGCUCACAUCAGCAGCUCCAACAGCUUCGGCUCCAACGUGACGCUGGUUGGCAACCGUAUCGACGUGGCCGGCGACACGGCCGAGGGGCUCGGCUGCGUGCCGAGUCGCGCGUUCAGAGUUGUCGCGCAUCAGACGACGGGUGGCGUUAGGAGUAACAGGCACCUCCGCGGCGACUGGCUAAUCUACUGGGAGCACGAGAUCGGCCGCCCCGACAAGGACAACCGAUUCAACCUGAAACAGAUGAAGCUGCAGACUUUCGUGGGACACACCGCUUGUGUGAAAAGUCUUCACUGUCUGGACAAUGAGACUAGCUUUAUGAGCGGGUCAAAGGACAAGACUGUCAGGCUGUGGAGCCUGGCCAAUCAGGGCGACGGCAACGCGGUAACACAAUGCAACUGGACCUACACUGGACACAAGAAGGGCGUGCUAUCUCUUUCCUUCCUGGAGUCUCUGCGUCUUGCCGUCUCGACUGACUCGGUGGUUCACAUCUGGGACCCUUUCAUGGAGAGUGUUGUGUCGCAGUUGGACAACAUAAAGGCUCCAGUGAGCAUAGUGCGAGCCCUGCCCGGCCCCUCCACCGUGGUCAUCGCCGCCACCACCGACUGCACGCUCAAGGUGAUAGACGCCAGGGCCUGCAACUAUACGCACGAUUUGAAGCUGCCGUGCGGGCCCGGCCUACUAAUCCGCUGCGUGUGCGUGUCCCCCUCCGGGCGCUGGGCCGCGUGCGGGCUGUCCAGCGGGCACGUGGUCGCGCUGCACACUGCCACCGCGCGCGCGCUCGCCACGUGGCGCGCGCACGACGCCGAGGUCCUGAGGCUGGCGACGGUAGACGACCACCGCAUCCUGAGCUCGGGGCUGGACCAGACCACGGCGCUGUGGCGCGUCGACGACGGGGAGCUCAUCGCGCAUCUCAAGGGUACCUCGGAGCCGGUGCACUGCCUGUCGGUGCACCACAGCGAGCUGAUCACGGGCACCACCAACAACCGCAUCGGAGUCCACACCGGCCUGCACCACGACGCCUCCUUCUCCAGCACUAAACUCAGGUCGGAGAGUCUGAAGGGCGUGCUGUCGAGCAUGGCGGUGCUGCCGCUGAACCGCCUGCUGCUGCUGGCCAGCGACAGCGGCAACAUCAGCCUCAUCUGCUGAUAGUUUCAACUAACCGGUGGUGACUGCACGGUAACAUAUUUUACCAAUAACAAUGGGUAAAAUAUGGAUUAAAUACACAUUCAAUAAGAAGACGUCAGGGGGGUCACGUUGUAUAAAUAAAAUCUUUGAUUAUACAUUAAUUUAAUUGAUCCGAGAAGCCCGCAUAUUAGAUAGCAUUGACCUAAAUAUACAAAUUUAUGAACAAAUAUUUUAUGAUUGCAAUAAUAGAUCUCUUAUGGUUAGAUGAAAUGCCUCGUAAUAAAUUAAUGAUUUGUAUCAAUAUGAUAGAGCAUAGGUAUAACAUUCCGGAUAAUUUGAUCUCGUUUUCAUAAAAUUCGUAAAAUUACUUUAGGCUAUUCUAUUUAAUAAAUAUGUCCAUUAAAAGUAUCAUUCCACUUAAAAAAGACAAGUACAGUAAAGUACAAAGAAAUGGAAACCAAAGUUAGAUUACAUUAACACGACGCAUUAGCAAUUGUUAUGGGUAUUGUAGAGAAAUACAAUUUUUUAUUAAAUUAUGGCACAGACUUGAUCUUGAUCCUUAUUAGUAUGUAGAUAUUUUGUUCGUUUAAAUGAAAAUAUUUCUACAUGAUUUUAUCAAAGCUUUGGUUGAAUGCAAUUGGUAGGUCACCACAUUAUAUAAGUUACAUGCGCUUUUUAAAUUGAAUGUCUCAAAAAUCGGGUAUUUUUUGCAUUGCAAAUUGUAUUAUCUGUACCUGUAUAGAAUCAUGUAAAUCAUGUUACAUUAAAUUCUAUAUUUUAUCUAUGUAAUAAAAUUAUAAAGCUUAUAAGUAGGUGUAAUCCAGUAAUAUUUUCGCUGAACAACAUGAAUGCAAAUAAAUAUUUGAACAAUACAUUAUAAAAGACGCUACAUUAUAAGAAUUUAUGUGGAUAGAUAGUAUGUUCCUAGUUUUUUACAAUUUAAGUAAUAUCCGAUUAAUAUGGCUUAUUAUUGAAACUGUUGAAUAUUGUUCCAACAAAAUGAAAAAAUCAAUGCACUCAAAAUGGCUUUAAAUUUAUAAAAUUUUACUCACUUAGCUUGUAGUCUUAGGUCUUUUAGUGGGUAGGAGUUGUUUACGGUUGGUUAUUAGAGUUAUCACAACAUAAUAUAUUCAUUUUACUUAUUUUUUUAAAUCCAGUCACGCCUGUCCGUGCCAAACCACACAAAGACCUUCUAUUGAAAAAAAAUGUACGUUUAAUAAAUUUGACCACUCUAACAGUGUAAAAGCAGCCUGAGUGGGGUCAGGUUUGUCUAUAGUCCGCAACAGAUGAUAUUUAAAUCUCUUAUUUUGUAAGUAUAAAUGCAUAUUACGUCGUUAUACCCACUGAAUGUAUAUUAUCUGUAUAUCGGGAUGUAUAGUUGUAACAUACAAUGAAUGUAAAAGUAGGAUAUUUUUUGUAAUAAAAGUAUUUUCUAGACUGA